AAGUUAAUCAUUUCGAAUGGCAUCCAACAGGAACUCUCAGAAAUUUAUUACAAUUCUUAGCAUUGAUGGAGGUGGUAUUAGAGGGAUCAUUCCUGCUACUAUUCUUGCUUUCCUUGAAGCCCAACUUCAAGAAUUGGACGGUAAAAAUGUAAGAAUCUGCGACUACUUCAACGUGAUUGCUGGAACGAGCACCGGAGGAUUGGUGACCGCCAUGUUAACAGCUCCAGAUAAAAACAAGCGUCCACUUUUUGCUGCCAAAGACAUUCUGCCAUUUUACAAAGAACACGGUCCUAAGAUUUUUCCACAAGGAGGCGGUCUGUUUGGAUCCAUCAGAGGAGGUUUGGAAUUGUUGGAAGGUCCCAAAUAUGACGGUAAAUACCUCCACAAAGUUCUUCAAGAAAGGCUUGGACAAACUCGUCUUCAUCAAACUUUGACUCGAGUUGUCAUCCCCACCUUCGACAUCAAGAACUUUCAACCACUUGUGUUCACUAACUGCGAGGCGGAGGAUUCUCCCCAGUUGGACGUUAAAUUGUCAGACAUAUGCAUAGGUAGUUCUGCAGCUCCAACAUAUUUUCCUGCUCACUAUUUUGAAAACAGUGAUGAUAAAGGCAACACGUUUGAGUUCAACCUCAUCGACGGCGGCGUCUGCGCUAACAAUCCGACUCUGGUUGCGAUCAGCACAGUGACGCAAAGAAUGGCGAGGAAAGACAAUCCAGAUUUCGCGGGAACCAAUCCUAUGGACUGCCAACGCUUCCUCGUACUUUCCUUAGGCACAGGAUCUUCUAAAUAUUCUCAGAAAUACACUGCAAAAAUGGCGGCCAACUGGGGCAUCAUCGGAUGGUUGACUCACGGCGACGGCAACCCUUUGAUCGAUGUUUUCUCCGAUGCCAGCUCCGACAUGGUGGAUUAUCACAUCUCCACCAUUUUCCACUCCCUCGAUGCCGGAGACAACUACCUCCGAAUUCAAGUGGAUUCUUUAGAAGGAGAUGUGGCCUCGGUUGAUGUGACGACGGAGGAGAACUUGAAGAAACUGGAAGAAGUUGGGCAAAACUUGCUGAAGAAAAGUGUUUCCAAAUUGGAUCUUUUGACUGGACAGUAUAAGCCUAAUGACGCUCGUGGGACAAAUGAAGAAGCCUUGAAAAGGUUUGCGAAAGUGCUAUCAGAGAAUAGGAAAAAUCGCUUAAAGAAUGAAGCCAAAUUCAGUAAAAUGUGAAAUGUCAAGUAUUCAAUUCAGUUUUUCUUGUAUUGUUGUUGGUUGUUAUAAUUAUAAAAAUGACGAUUUAAUAUUUA